AGGUUACAUUUCAGGUUUGGUUGAGAGGAUAAACAGACUCAUUAGUGCUGUGUAAUAAUACAACAAGCAAUGGAGGGAAAUGUGUUCUAAAAUGAAACAAAGCAACUUGAGAGACAAGAGCAGAAAUCAGAGAGAGAGAGAGAGAGAGAGAGAGAGAGGACGUUUCGUAAUGAUCUAACACAGAAAAAGGAAGGAAGAUUUUUUUUUCUGUUGUUCUGCUCUGUUCCUGGUGGCGCUGACAACUUUUUUUUUCGUUUGGGGAAGAAUUGUGUUGCUCUUGUUGUUGUUGUUGUUGUCUUGUUGCUUGCUCGUGCAUCCUCAAGCUGAACAUCGUGACUGAUCGGAGAGGGUCAGGCUUUAUUUUUAGCCCUGCGGUGUGUGUUGCUACAAAGUGAAUCGGUGGAUUUGGACAUUCCUGCCUUCUCUCUCUCUCUCUCUUUCUCUUCAGUGUGUGUGAGUGUGUGUUUGUGUGUGAGUGUGUGUUUGUCGGGACCGGAACGGUGUCCGUGCUGGAGAAGAAGGCGAUGCAAUUCUAGGCUAUAAAUAGCACGCGCAAAAAAAAAAAAAAAAAAUCUUGGAAAAGAAAAAAAAAACCCCACACAACUGCUGCACAGUUUUUUUUUUUCGUGUCCGUGUCUCGCGCGGAAUGCCGUGGAUCUCGGUAGCUCUCUCUCUCGCGCUCUCUCUCUCUCUCGCGCGCGCUCGCUCACUCUCUCUCGCGCUCUCUCUCUCUCUCUCACACACACACACUCACACACACACACACACACACACACACUCUCGCGCUCUGUUUAUUGUUCCUAACCGAGACAGCUCAAUAAAACGUGUCACUGGGAUUAUGGGAAACUUCUGCGACUUACCGAUGGUCAAUAUUUAGACAAUCGGAUGGAUUUUGUGCUCGGACAAGACGCCCAAACCGCCGUACUGGAUUACAGCACCGUGAGAUUACUCGCAUUUUUAUGAUUAAAACAAUCAAGCGGGAAGAAGAAGAAGAAGAAGACCAAGAAGAAGAAGAAGAAGAAAGGAAGAGAAGAGGGAGGAAGGAAGGGGGAAAAAAAUCUGGCAUGGACACGGCUCGUCGUGUCUCCUGGUUCGGGUUAAAAACCCACGGCUACACGCCACAUCGCGCGCGACAAUGAUUCGGUUUGAGAGUGUGAAGUAAAGCGGCCCCGGUGUGGCAGCCUUAUUUACGCACAUAUCCGGAUCGGCGAAACAAAGAAUCGAUUUGCAUGAGCACAGGAUUCUCCGUUACACACACCUUCUUCAUCACGCGUUUUUCUCCCAAAACACUCACUCACCCUCGCGCAGGCUUAGAAACAGGGAUCGUCUUUGUUUAUAAACAUAUAGGCCUACAUAUUUAUUUUUGCUUUCUUUCUUUUUCUUUCUUUCUUUCUUUUUUUUUUUUUUGAAUACGGAACCGUUUUGGCAGCGUGGGCUCGAUCCUAAUACAGAUCGAUCGAGGAUUUCGACAUGCCCUACACUGAGGAAGCCAUCGGCGGACCACUAUGACUACAGCGGCGAAUUGGGUGGCGAACGGGGCAAGCCUCGAAGACUGCCAUUCCAACCUUUUCUCUCUGGCGGAGUUGACGGGCAUCAAAUGGCGCUGCUACAACUUCCGUGGCGGCGGCGAAUACGGACCCGUGAUCUCGGCUCCAGCACAGGAUGACCCGGUGCUGUGCAGCUUUACACGCUGCGUGCAAGCCAAUUUGCUGUGUGUUUGGCGACGCAAACUCAAACCUGAUGCCAAGGAGCUCUGGAUCUUCUGGUGGGGCGACGAACCCAACUUGAGUGACAUCAUACACCAUGAGCUUGAAGUGGUAGAAGAAGGACUGUGGGAAUGUGGGCUUUCCUAUGAGUGCAGGACACUCCUCUUCAAGGCUGUUCACAACCUACUGGAACGGUGCCUAAUGGACAAGGACUUUGUGCGCAUCGGCAAGUGGUUUGUCAAGCCUUACGAGCUCGAAGAGAAGCACCUGGGUGCCAGCAGCAGUGAGCACCUCUCGUGCUCCUUCUCCUUCUUCCUGCAUGGUGAGAGUAACGUGUGCACCAGCGUGGAGAUCUCGCAGCACCAGCCUGUCUACCACAUCACUGAGGAGCACGUGCGCCUGGCCCAGACCUCCAGCAGUCCCAUACAGGUGAUCCUGAGUCCGUACGGACUGGGCGGCACUCUGACGGGCCAGGUGUUUAAGAUGAGCGAUCCGGCAGUACGGAAGCUGAUAGAAGAGUGGAGCUAUUUCUACCCCAUGGUGCUGAAACACAGCAGGGGCGAGCAAGACAGCAACCUCAGCUACGACCCCCACAGCCAUGUCGCUCUGGAGGUCAUUGUGGGUGGUGUGAGGAUGAUCUACCCAGCAGCCUUCGUGCUCAUUGCCCAAGCUGAUCUGCCUGUGGAACAGCCUCCUCCUGCCCAGGGAGCUCAAAGUGGCACUAGAGACUCAUCAAACUGCGGCAUUCCCCUCACCCCUCCCACGUCCCCAGAGCAGCCCUGCUCCGGUGACAGCGGCUUUCAGACCGCAGUCUCGAGCGUGAGCAGUCAAGAGAGCGGAGCCACUCACAGCCCGAAGCAUUCAGAGAAAAAGCUGAGUAAUCAGAUGGUCCAUCAAGCAUGGAAGGAAUGCUACAUGAACCAAUUACAGCGCAAAUGCAAUCUGUCGAACGGCAUGGUGCCAAAGAAGGAAGUAACAAGCGAGGUGGCAGUGUGGGACUUCACUGACCCGGGGGAGAGAGCCCCAUGCAGCUGUAACAGGAUGAGGCAGCAAUCGAAGCAGCAGCAGCAAACAAACGGCUUCUCUGCCAAUUCCCAGCCCAGUACCAAUCCCUCUUCCUCUUCCAGCUCUUCUUCCUUAUCCUCCUCUUUACCCCCACCUUCAACACCUAAAAGCAAGACUGCCGACAAAGCAGACAAGUCUGACAAGGUGUCCAAACGGUCAGCCAUAACCCCCUUCCACCACCGCCUCUCUGUAGACCAGCAGCCAUGCCCGGAGCAGGACGCACCUCCCGGACCUCAACUGGUACUCGCGGCCUUGGACACUUCUCUGGAUACCUUGCCUGGCUGCAAGUACCCUAAGCCCAUGUUCACUGGCAGGAAAGGGCCUGAGUCUCUCCUCCAUUCUCCAGUAUCACCACUACCACCUACACUAAGCCCACACCCUAGGGUGCAGGACCCUGAGGUUAUGGAGGCGCCCAUGGAUGUUUCCCAAUGCCUAGAGGGUACUUCUCUGCCUACAGCCCCGGAAAUGAGUGACACUGCUCUGUAUACAGCCUCUCUAGUACCCAGAGAAGCCAAUGGGGGCUGGUGGAAGAGUUACAGGACUCCCAGGGUAGACAAAGCUGAGUUGAAGCCACCAGAAUUACCCUAUGAUAUGGUGGAGAUUAAAGCUGAGGGUGAAGGAACUGCCUUGAAGAGUUUUUUUGCACAGACGCACAAGAGGUUUAAGAUCUCAGAAGAGCGGCUCCAGGAGCACAUGAGCACUCUGGGAUUCCUGCAGCAGCCGGGAGUCGAAGGGCUUGGGGAAGCUGGCGAAGAUCCCUACGACUUUAAGGAAGGGGACAUCGAGUACAGCUUCCCCACAACCAAAAGACUGAAGAGCCGAGAUCCCAGUCGGAAAUCAAAGGGAGAGGAGGUCAAUGGCAACAGUGCAGUCCCUGAAGGGAAAGACGCCAUGUCCAUUUUCAGCUCCGCUCCCAAAUUUGCAGAGGAAUUGGCUCAAGACGAGUCUGGUGGAAAGGCCAACCCGCCUCUGACCAGGGAGAAAGAUUUGAUCGUGCUCAUAUCUGACUUGGAAAACAUCUUUGGGGAGGAGGAAGAUGAUCUGGGGACCACUUUUCCUAAUCAUCAGCAGCCAUCCAAGACUGUGGUGCCAGGAGCUGAAGAGCGCCCCCUGGGGAUUGAUGGGAGAGUAGCAGUGCCAUAUCCCUCAACAGUAGCAGAGCUUCAGCGGAUGUUCCCCACUCCUCCAUCUCUGGAGCAGCACCCAGCGUUCUCUCCAAUCACAACCUACCGAGACACCCCCAGCCAAGAAACCCCAGCACCCUCGGCAGGACACGAGCAUCCCCUCAACACACACACAAACAAUCAGCUUAAUGACUACAGGUCUGAGAUGGAUGAGAGCAUGACAAGCCCCAAAGCAGAGGACAUACGGCCACAGAUGGGUUGUUCCAUGUUUGCUCCCCUCCGGACAUUACCCAGCCAGUGUCUUCCCCCACUGAAGAUCCCUGAGCAGUGCUACUACAGACCCUCAUGGUCCAUGCUUCCCAAGAUGGAGCCCUACUGCCUCCCGAGCCAGGCUCCUUUUGUACGAGAUGGCUAUGUUAAUGUUCCAAGCAUCGGCGCUCUGCAGGACCAAGACUAUGCCCAGAUGAGUACUGGUACCGCCUCUGUUGGCACAGCAGGUGGAGUCUUGCCUUCACCAGCGACACCCCGUUUCUCCGUCCCUACCCCGAGAACCCCGCGCACCCCACGUGGUGUAGGCACUGCCAGUGGGCAGGGCUCGAUCAAGCAGGACGGUACAGAGCUGAGCUCGCCCAUUUCCACACCGUCCACCGGCCUACCCCUAAGCUCGGUGGAGCCACUGGCGUCAGGGCCGGUUUUGCCCGAAGCGCACAGCCUCUACGUCAUCCUGCUCCUCUCUGAUUCUGUCCUGGAUGUAUUCAAGGACCGCAGCUUUGACAGCUGUUGCAUCUGUGCUUGCAAUAUGAACGUGAAGGGUGCUGAUGUGGGUAUUUAUAUCCCUGACUCCACCCGUGAGGAUCAGUAUCGGUGUAUGUGUGGCUUCAGUGCCAUCGCUAACCGACGUUUGGCGCACGGUGCCGGACUCUUCCUUGAGGAUGAGCUAGAUAUCUUUGGACGCGGCUCAGAGGCGGGACGGGCAGCUGAGAGGAGGUUGGCACUGGGCAGGAGGGACACGCCUACUGGUGGGAAGCGGGCCCAGGAGCAGACGCCAAUGGAGGUGUUAGAACUGAUACAGGAGCAGUGUUCCCAGCCUAUCUUGUCUGUGGCAUCACUACAUAGUCCUGCUGCUUGUUCUUGCCGUAGCAGGCAGAGGGCACUGUUGCAGAGCUGGGUAGCCGAUCGGCUGUGGGCGGACGGUAGUGAUGCAUGUGUGGAGUGUUACAACGCUCUGGUGCAGGGGCUGCAGUAUGUGGACAAUGCAGCUGGUGGGAAGGUGGAGCAGGCUUUAGUGAGGAGCAGUGCCCUACACUCCUGGCCUCACACGAAUGUGUUGGAUAUCAGCAUGCUGUCCUCUCAGGACGUAGUACGCAUGCUGCUAUCUCUGCAGCCCUUCCUGCAAGAUGCCAUUCAGAAGAAGCGCACUGGCCGGACCUGGGAAAACAUACAGCACGUGCAGGGCCCACUCACAUGGCAACAGUUCCACAAAAUGGCUGGACGAGGUUCCUACGGUUCGGAGGAAUCUCCAGAGCCGCUCCCCAUUCCUACACUGCUGUUGGGGUAUGACCGAGAUUUCCUGGCCCUGUCCCCUCUGGCUCUGCCCUUUUGGGAGAAGUUGCUUCUGGAGCCCUAUGGGGGUCAGAGGGAUGUUGCGUUCCUGGUCCUCUGCCCCGAUAAUGACAUCCUGCUUACUGGAGCCAGAACGUUUUUUCAGGAGCUCAGUGCUGUCUAUGAGUCAUGUCGGUUGGGGAAGCACCAUCCGCUGGCCCGGAUGUCCAGGGAUGGCAUAGUACCAGUAGGGGCAAUGGAAUCUGAAAAGCUGGAGGAGAAUGGACGAGAGGUGGAUGAGUGGAUGACAGGGCCAUGGGCAGGUCAAUACCGAGAGGAUCAUCUAAGCAAACUCAAGCUCUACGCCCAAACCUGCAAACAGAAAUUAGCCCCACAGCUUUCAGCUCUGUCAUUAGACAGCAGUCUUCUCCUGCCCCCGAAGCCUCAACCUAGCUCAGCUCCUGCCCCUUCCACUCAGCUGAACCCCGGCUCCGGGGCCCCCGAAGGAGAAACAUCAGCAACAGCAGCAGCAGCAGGAGUCCCUGGAUCAGGAAACACUCCCACAUCUACGAGUACUAGCACAGGCCAGGCCAGCACAGAAGGUGCAGAUACCUUACAAAGUGUCCCUAACACAACGCCAAUCCAGCAGAGCCAUCCGACAGAGAGCGCCGAGAGCUUAGCAGAGCGAGAGCGAAUCGGCAUUCCCACGGCAGCACAGUCCGCGGAUAGCCACGCCUACCCUCCAGCUAUAGUGCUGUACCUGGUGGACCCCUUUUUGUGCUCAGGCUCAGGGGUGGGGUCAGGGGAGGAAGAGGAAGCAGAAGAGGUGGAGUCACGCAGUAUGUGGUUGCUGGCGCUUCUGCGCUGCUACACAGAUAUGCUGAGCGUGCUGCCAGAGAACAUACAGCCAGCGCUGGUUCUACAGGUGGUGCCGUGUCAGUACCUGUUACAGCCGGCCAGUGGUGAGAGUCCUCUGUACCUGCAGCACCUGCGGUCUCUGGCUUUCUCUGCCCACUCGCAGUGCAGACGCCGGCUUCCUACACAGACGCACAUCAAAUCCCUCACAGGCUUUGGUCCGGCUGCCACCAUUGACUCAUUAUUCAAGAGUGUGGAGAACCCCAGCUCUAUGCAAGUGUACUCUCCUCCGUUUGUCCUGGCCCCCCUGCGCACUAAGCAACCAGAAGUAGGGGAGGAAGCUACCACACGCUACAACGUGCUCUUUGUGGGGUACUGCCUGUCCCAUGACCAGCGCUGGAUCCUUGUUUCUUGCACUGAUCAGCAGGGGGAGCUCCUAGAGACCUGCAUUAUCAACAUUGAUGUCCCCAACAGGUCUCGUCGUCCCAAGUUUUCCCCACGCAAAAUAGGCCUGCAGAAACUGUGGGAGUGGUGCAUUGGUAUCAUCCAAAUGACAGCAAUUCCUUGGAGGAUUGUGAUCGGGCGCUUGGGUCGAUUAGGUCACGGCGAGCUAAAAGACUGGAGUCUGUUGCUGGGAGAACACUCUCUACACUCGAUUAGCAGGCAGCUGCGUGAGGCAUGUCGCAUGUGUGGCAUUUCAGCCACCGAUUCCCCGUCCAUCCUCAGUGCCUGCCUGGUCUCCAUGGAGCCCCAGGGGUCCUUUGUGGUCAUGCCAGAUGCUGUGACUAUGGGUUCAGUGUUUGGCCGCAGCACAGCUCUCAACCUGCAGACGUCUCAGCUCAACACCCCACAGGAUGCUUCCUGCACCCACAUCCUGGUCUUUCCCACUUCCUCCACCACGCAAGUGGCCCCGAGUUCCUACCCUACUGAGGACAACCCAGAUGAUAUAUUUGGCUUGCCGUUCACGGACGACCUGGAGAAAGAUAUUGAGCAUGAUAUGAUGCUGAUCACCGGAAACCUUCACGCUUCCCCUAACACCUCGCCUGUGCCUUCCCCUGGCUCCCCCUCUGGUCUGGGGGUGGGCUCCCACUUCCCUCACACUCGGAGUCAGGGUGAGCGGUUGUUGUCUCGUGAGGCUCCUGAAGAGCUGAAGCAGCAGCCCCUGGCUUUAGGCUAUUACGUCUCCACCGCUCAGGCAGAAGGACUGCCUCAUUGGUUCUGGGCUUCCUGUCCUCAAGCGCAGAACCAAUGCCCGCUCUUUCUCAAGGCCUCUCUGCACCAUCACAUCUCCAUAGCUCAGACAGACGAGCUUGUCUCCAGCAAGACGUCCCAGAGGAACCCCCAUCCACUGGACUCCAAAACCACUUCAGAUGUGCUCAGGUUUGUGCUGGAGCAGUACAACGCCCUGUCCUGGUUAACCUGCAGCCCGGCCACCCAAGACCGCCGCUCCUGCCUCCCUGUGCACUUAGUCAUCCUCACACAGAUGUACAACGCCAUCCUCAACAUCUUAUAGGACUAGUGGAGUGAGGCCAGCACGGCUGGAAGCAGCUGCACGCCUCUGAAAUGGUGCUUGGGACCAUCGUUCUGAAAUGUAGCCACCAUUCGGGGUCGGGAUUGAAGGGGAAACUCUUUGCUCUAGCACUGCCUUUCUUUACGGGCCGGAUUUCUGGAUUUCUGGGCUUUUUGACUUCGAACCAACGAAGGCAGCUUGUGCUAUCCAUAGAGGCCAGUCAUCGUUUUUUUUUUUGGUGGAAGCAUGCAACCAUCUCAGAAAUAAGCAUAGUACAAUCACUACCCUUUAACUCUCAGCCACUGAUGGGGCCUGGAGCAAUGGGUUUUGAAUCUUGCACUUUUUGGAUAGAAAAUUGAGCUUCAAAUGGCAGCCAUACUUUAAAAAUGUUUUUUUUUUCCUUCCCCUGCCGUUUUCCUCCAUGUAAGACCCAAGCAAAGUGGGCCAGCUGGAUUAAUUACUGAGUAAUAACACUAGGAUGGACGCUAACAACAUCUCAGAAGGCCUCUGCUUGCCAUCAGCUGUCUUAUCACUUGCCCACAUCCCUACGCAAACGUGAUCUACGGAAAUGUAUGGAUCGACUGGUAGACCCGAUUCAAACCCUAAGGCUACGUUCACAUUACAAACCUCUUUUCAGAAUUCGGAUUUUUUUUGACCAGGUUCUGUCUUGCUAGACGGUUCACAUUCGUAGUUGUAAGUCACCCAUAUAUUCAAUUGUUUUGAACACCGCUCAGUUUUCAAAGUUCCUUCAAGUUUUUCCUGAAUCAGUUCCCUAAAUAUCAAAAUGUGCGCAGUAAAGAGCGUUGGGAAAAAGUCACAAGAAUUCAAUUAUGUCAAAUGGCCACUUAUCAGAUACUACAUAUCCAAUCUAGGACUACAUAUGAAAGAGGCUCCACGUCUGAUUUGAAAAGAUCCACACAGUCCACAGUCCGAUUGAGGCAAAAAAAUAAAAAAUCCGAUUUGUGCCAGUGUGUGUCAAUGUGAACGUAGUCUAAGGUUCUGUUACAGCAACAUUUCCCAUUUCCCUACAAGCCCUGAAGAUUCACGGAACAUCACACACUCAUUUCCACUAUGGCCUAAACCAAUAUGCAAGAGACUCUCUCCAUCGCACUCCAAACUGCCCACAGUGUAAUCAGCCCAGAGGCUAAUGGACCAGUAAGAGAAGCCCAGCUUAACCUGCUUCUUCUUUUUUUUUUUUAACAUCUUUGUAAUCUAUUGUUCUGAUGAUAUCUCUCUCAAUUUGUACUUAAAGCUGAACCCUCAAGAGAGAACGCAACAAACUUGGUUUAAUAACGGCACUUUCUCCCUCGCAACCCUGUUGUAGAUAAACUCGCCAGCUAAUAUUUGACAAUGAAAUCUAAACUCUUGUUUAUAGUGUAGACUUUGCAGAGAAUUAUUUUUAUUAAUGCAAGCAAAAAAAAAAAAAAAACAA